AUGCCUGUGGUCAGUGCAGUUGAAUCGCGUUUGGAUGCGGCAAUUUUUGCCGUUCAUGGCAACUCCUGUAGGACGGGCCAUGAAAUUGAAAGCGACGAUCUUCAUGUGGACUCGAUUUUCGACGAAAUUGCCACGACUGAACAAUCGCCAUAUUAUACAAUUUAUCGACAUUUGUUGAACAACGAUUCGAAGAAACUGGUAUCUUUCAUCGAUAUGUGGCUGGAUGAGCAUGGAGACGAUUCCGAAAAAUUCCCACAUAUUUUGCGUUUUAUGGCACAUCUUGUCCUGCUUCUUCGCUUUACAAAACAGACAAUUCAAGAAGAAAUUGCUGAUACAGUGAUACUAACUUACGUAAAUUUAUUGAUCUCAUUAAAAAUGCACUCAAUUGUGCCAUAUUAUGCCAGUAAACUACCUUCCAUACUUGCCGAAGAAGUGGUUGUUGGGUUCAUGAGCCGUAAGUUUUUUUCAGAAAAAAAGAAAAUAAUUUUUUCUUUUUCGCGAUUUCCUUCUAUCUAUUCGUCCUAUCUAUUCAUAAUUACAUAG